AAUUUAUACACAAAAAGAUUUCUGAAAACUCAACUUGGACGCAGGCCAUAAAAUGUCUAUUCAAUGCAGAACGUGCGCUGCAAAGAUUUUCAAUCCCACUGCCAAAAACCUCUUUGAAGAUGACGAUGACGAUGAGAUAUUGCAGAACAUCGAAAUUCUGACCGGAAUGCGGUUAAAGGAAGAUCAGAAUAUGCCCAAGCACAUUUGCACCUGUUGCCAUUUGGAUUUGUAUCAUUCAAUGGCGUUUCGAGACCGCUGUCUAAGAGCGGAGAACUUUUUGCAGAGUGAAAAGGAUAAGGUUAAACCGGAGGACUCACUAAAUACGAAUACCAUUGACUAUACGUUAGUUGAAAGGAUAUAUAAAACAGAACCGCAAAGUGAUAUUGCCAAAAGUAAAACGAAGGAACAACUAAUAGACAAACCGAUCGCUAAGAACUUAAGCCAACAAUCAACACAACGCAGAAGUCCACGAUCUAGUAUUCAAAGUGCUAAGACACCGAGACAAAAACUAUUAAAUAUAAAGAAAAAACGUCCCACUGCUAAGACAUCUCCUGCUAAAGCAUCUCCAGCUAAAGCAUCUCCUGCUACAGCAUCUCCUGCUAAAGCAUCACCUGUCCCAAAAGUUGAUACUGAUCAAAAGGUUGCUGAACCCUUCAGCACUUCCCCGCGGAGCACUAGGGACUACUGUGAAGAUAGACGCAGUACAUCUUCGGAUGAAUUAAGCAACCUGAGUACCGGGGACGUAACCUCUUUAUUCCCAGAAGCAGAGCUCGAGAAAAGUUUACCCAAUCAAACGAACACUUUAACAAAGAAGAUAGACGAUGAUAAACAAAUGCCUAUUGAAGAGUCAUUGCUCAAGCAGCACGAUGAAUCAAAAAAUAAUAAUAAUGAAGAGAAAACCAAACGCAUUGUAAAAAAAGAAUCAAAUGCCAAAAGUUAUUUCUGUGACUUAUGCGGCCAUCAAUCCUGUAGUGGCCCAAAUCUGGAGUUGCACAUAUUGCGCCAUAAGGGGGAAAAGAACUUUGAAUGUAUGGAAUGUGGGGAAAAGCACUACUCCAAAUACUUGUUAAAUUUGCACGUUCGAGUAAAACACCAAGGGGAGAAGCCAUAUGCCUGCAAAUAUUGUGACCAGCGUUUCUUCUCGGCAUCUGAACGGGGUCGCCAUGAGGCAGUUCGUCACGUUAGAAAUUUUAAAUAUGAGUGCAAGGUUUGCGGUAAAAAAUAUCUAACCAGGUCGUGUUUGAAUAAACACGAAUUUCUGCACACAGGCCUUCGACCUUAUAAAUGCGACUUGUGCAAUGUGGCCUUUCCUCGAAAGCCCGGAUUAAGAAUUCACUGUCGUACAAAGCAACACCAAAAAAGAGAAAGCGAAGCUCUAAACAGCCAACUUAACAUCGUAAAUGAGAUUACGAUUCCAGAUGGGUCCAUGGUGUUUCCAGGCACGAUAAUAGAACUUGUUGAUGCAUAAACAACUACAAAAGAUCCGGAGGGCACGAUAACGAGAUACCCAGCGCCGAGGCCUUGCUCUUGUAAAUCAUUCUUUUAUUUAUUUGCUGGCGAGGUGUGAAGUAAUAAAAAUGUUGAAAUAAACUGACUACAA